CCGCGGUCUGUCAUAUUCACUCGUCAACCGUCGUCGCAAGUAAUAAGUGCUCAGAGUAAUCUGUUCGUGCAGUUAAUAUCGCAGCCAGUCAUUUUCACGCAGAGUACAUCAGUGCCCAACCAAAGAAAUCAACAAUGUUCGCCAAAGUAGCAGUUUGCUUCGCUUGUGUCGCCGUAUUCGCCGCCCGGGCCCAAUACUACCCGGCCGCUUACCCUUCGGCCGCCGCCGUAGUGCACGCCGCCCCGGUAGCUUACCCAGCUUACCCAGCGGCCGCUUACCAGCCAGUCAACCCGAACCCGGCGUACUCGUACAAGUACGGUGUGUCCGACCCGGCCACCGGCGACUACAAGACCGCCGAAGAGAGCCUGUCCAACGGCGUGGUCCAGGGACAGUACAGCCUGGCCGAACCCGACGGCACAGUCAGGACCGUGUCAUACACCGCCGACGACGUCCACGGUUUCGUAGCCCAGGUCACCAAGGGCGCCAAAGUGGUCGCUCCCGCCGCCCCGGUGUACUCUGCCCCAGCACCGGUGUACUCCGCACCGGCACCAGUUUACGCGGCGGCACCCGCCCCGGUGUACGCGCCCGCUGUCCACGCACCGGUGUACGCUCCUGCCGUUUCGUACCCACUCCCGUACAAACGCCAAGCGUAAAUGAACGCGAUUUCGACAUUGCCUUAAAAACCAUCAUCGUCAUCAUCGUCAUCAUUAUUAUUAUUAUUAUUAUUAACUGUCAUCAUCGUAGUGUGAAAURCUACUGCASCAUGGAAGUCCUCCUCGCGACGACGCUCCUUCUUCGUAUAUUGUCUUGUCUGUAAUUCRUAUUAUCUUUUUAUUUUUUGUAUAAUAUUUAGUUUCCUACUUGUAAUAUUAUUGUAUAAUGUAUUAUUAUUAUAUA